UCCCGAAACUGUCGUUCCGCCGUUUGCCUAAUUCCUCUCUUUAGGGGGAAAUUUUCUUUGUUCGUUGUUCCCCCCAACCCCCCUUUAAGUCCGAGCGAAAUGCAGUGGGGAAGAUUACGUCAUCGCAAUCUAAGGGGUCAUCAUCAAAUUUGAAAUAUUUAAAGUGGAUACAAAACUGUUUCAGCAAUGCAGACAAUUAAGUGCGUUGUUGUGGGUGAUGGUGCCGUUGGUAAAACAUGUCUCCUGAUAUCCUACACAACAAACAAAUUUCCAUCUGAGUAUGUACCGACUGUUUUUGACAACUAUGCAGUCACAGUUAUGAUUGGUGGAGAGCCAUAUACUCUUGGACUUUUUGAUACUGCAGGGCAAGAGGAUUAUGACAGAUUACGACCGCUGAGUUAUCCACAAACAGAUGUAUUUCUAGUCUGUUUUUCAGUGGUCUCACCAUCCUCAUUUGAAAAUGUGAAAGAAAAGUGGGUGCCUGAGAUAACUCACCACUGUCCAAAGACUCCUUUCUUGCUUGUUGGGACCCAAAUUGAUCUCAGAGAUGACCCCUCUACUAUUGAGAAACUUGCCAAGAAUAAACAGAAGCCUAUCACUCCAGAGACUGCUGAAAAACUGGCCCGUGACCUGAAGGCUGUCAAGUAUGUGGAGUGUUCUGCACUCACACAGAAAGGCCUAAAGAAUGUAUUUGACGAAGCAAUAUUGGCUGCCCUGGAGCCUCCAGAACCGAAGAAGAGCCGCAGGUGUGUGCUGCUAUGAACGCCUCUCCAGAGCCCUUUCUGCACAGCUGGUGUUGGCAUCCUACUAAAAGCAAUGUUUAAAUCAAACUAAAGAUUAAAAAUUAAAAUUCGUUUUUGCAAUAAUGACAAAUGCCCUGCACCUACCCACAUGCACUCGUGUGAGACAAGACCCAUAGGUAUGGCCCCCUUCCCCCUCUCAAUACUGGUUAAUUUUGAGUAAUUGUGUAUUGUCAGAAAAGUGAUCAGUACUAGUUUUUGUUUUGUUGUUUCAAAAAAAUUAUUAUUUUUUUUUUGUUUGUUUAAAAGCAAGGCAUGCUUGUGAUGACUCUGUAACAGACUAAUUUGGGUUGUUGAAGCUGUUCCCGGGUUCCACUCUGGCGAGUGAUCUGGGAUAUCUAGUGUGUUUUGUUUUUUUUUUCUUUUCUUUCCUUUUUUGGGGGGGGGGCGGGGGAGUGUGUGUGGGAUUUGUUUUUAUUUAGUCAUGUUUUUUUAAUUCAUUAACCAUUGGACAGCCUUUAAGGGGAGGAGGACGGAUUGAUUCCACAUUCCACUUCCUAGAUCUAGUUUAGAAAACAUGUUCCCCACCUGGUGCUCUUAGGAAGGAGUAUAGUAAACGCCUCAUUUAAUAAUAUACUCCUUUUUGAAAGUUGCCUUUUCUCUCCACCCUUGAGUAGGUCCAGUAUUUGAUGAAACUCAUGAAAGUGGGUGGAACCUGUCUUGCCCCUCCUCUUUUCUAGGAUGCACUAUAUUUGUGACUGUGACUCUCAAGGAAAUUUGUUUGCCAUUUGCUGAUUUUUUUUUUGAAGUUAAUUUCUAACUUCUUUCACUGAUAAAUGAAGAAAAGUAUUGCACCUUUUGAAAUACACCAAAUGGAUCGAGUACAUAAUUAAAAAACAUUUUUUUCCCUGUCAGUCAUUGUCUUAAUAUGCUUAGCAUAGAUGUGCAGCUUAAUAGUGUAUGAUAUGGUGUUCCUAGAACACAGCGGAAGAUCUGGUAUAUAGGGGAAAUCCGAGGGGUGGUGCUAGAAGACAGAUGUCUGUGGGAUGAUUCACAUCCUCUUUCAAGUUAUGAGGAUGGAGACCUGCUUCAUUAAGAAGCUGGGGGUGGGGUGGGGGUGGGGAGAACAUUUAACAACAUGGGGACCAGUCAGGGGAAUCCCCUCAUUUCUGUUUUGCAUGUGAGGAACCCUAGAGCAGCCAGGUGAGGCUGUCUAGUUUAAUAAAAAUCCUGGGGAGAGCCUUAUGAAGACUCUUCGUAAGUGUUAAUAGGGAUUUUAUCAGCUUAUUUUGGUUGCAGUUUUCAAGUCUUAAAAAUGUUAGGUAAUCUUCCCCACCUUCCCCAAAUCCUAAUUCUUGUAGAUUUCAUUAGUGUCGAACCAGUGCUUUCUCAUGUCUCAAUUCUUUGUAUAUGCAUUCUUUUCAGAUAUAUUAAACAAACAAACAAACAAAAACCCUUCA